GGGAUGAGUUAAAAAUUGGUAAGGUGAGGCGUGGAUAUUUACGGAAAUAGGGUGGAGGGUAGUUGGAUUGGAUUGGAGUGGACGCAAAGACCUUCAACUUUCAACCGAAUAAAACUCCGCCUCCAUCUGCAGGUCCACUCUGCUCCAAAUUCCAUCUUUAUUUUAUUACUCUUUUUCUGCCUUCGUCUUCUACAUAUUAAUUAACCAACCAACUAUCUCUCUCUCUCUCUCUCUCUCUCUCUCUCUUCCAUUUUGCAUUCCUUUUCUACUCCCAAACGCGCUUUCUUUUUCUCUUCUUCCACGUUUGUUUUCCCCCUUUCCUCCCCUCAAUUUCCAUCUUCUCAUUCUUCUAUCAUCAUCCUCUUAUUCACCCACUCCUCCUUCUAGGGUUCCUUUCUUUUCUUCAUUUCUCCGCCUCCGUUGGGUUUUGUGGACAAUGAGCGAUCACCUCGUCCUUUACGUUGAUAAUUUCAUCCCACCAGCUGCUCCACUUCAACCUUUAUCCCACCCCCUUCAUCCUCUGCCCCGUGAGCCUCUUCCCGACUCCCCUGCGCCUACGCCUGGUCCUUCGUCUUCUACUGCAACUCCUCACGAUCGGACGCUUGAGCCUGAUGCUCCUAAUGAGGAUGACCCUCUGAUUCUGGUGGCUGAGUGCCGUAUUUGUCAGGAAGAAGACAGUCUCAGUAAUUUAGAAACUCCCUGUGCGUGUAGUGGUAGUCUUAAGUACGCUCAUAGAAAAUGCGUUCAACAUUGGUGCAAUGAGAAAGGAGACAUAACUUGUGAGAUAUGUCAUCAGCCUUAUCAACCUGGAUAUACUGCACCACCUCGUUCUGAAGAAACUGCUAUUGAUAUGGAGGGAAGAUGGACAAUCGCUGGUAACCCAUUAGACCUGAGAGAUACUCGGCUAUUGGCCAUUGCAGAGGCAGAACGACAUUUCUUGGAAGCUGAGUAUGAUGAUUAUGCUGCCUCAAAUGACAGUGGAGCUGCAUUUUGUCGAUCAGCUGCUCUUAUUCUAUUAGCCCUUCUCCUUCUUCGGCAUGCGUUGACCAUAACAGAUCCUGAUGGUGAUGAUGAUGCAUCUGCCUUUUUCUCUAUUUUCAUGCUUCGUGCUGCUGGUUUUCUCUUACCCUGCUACAUCAUGGCCUGGGCCAUUAGUAUCUUGCAACGUCGGAGACAAAGACAGGAGGCAGCAGCAUUGGCUGCAACACAAGUGGCGUUUGUACUACAACAUGGACAGCAUAGAGGUUUACAAUUUGCAAUUGCAUCAACAGGACCGCCCCUCACCCCUCACCCUCACGCUGCUGUUUGAACUCAACCAAUCAUGUAAUAAUACUAUAAUUUCUUCUACUUGCACUCGUCAUUUUUCACCGUCAUUGCCAAAUCUGACCUGAUUUUUUGCUGCUGUAAUCUGGGGAUUAUUUUCCUGUCUUCCAAAAACCAGGUACCCUCACUAACAAACUUAUGUCAUUUCCAUCUGUUUUGCGGCCAAUCUAUCUUGUUCAUAUUCUAUUAAACCUAUUCGGCUCUUUUUAGGAGCUAAGCAGAAAACCUCAGUGACUUGAAUUAUGUACAUUUUGUUUUAAUAUGAGAAACAAGGAAGAUAUUUACAAGGAAAAGUAUGGGAUUUCCUUAUGUACCAUUCUUUCCUUCAAAGAA